CGCAGAGGCGCCGAGAGCGCUCCCCGGCGGGUCCCCCGCGCACUCGCCGCGCCCGGGCAGCGGCCCGACCGGGCGAGCAUGGGCGGCGCGGAGUGACGCCGCUGUGCCCGCUUGGCAUCAAGGACAUUCAGCCCGCGGGGGUGGGGACGAAGGGGGGCAGCCCCGCGUCGCCACCGCAGCCCCCGAGAGCCGCCGCCGCUGCUUAGACUCGGGGGUUGGGUGGAGAAAAGGGGUGUUCGGAAUCGAUCCCCAUUUUCCGACCUUCUUGUUGGACAUUACGCCCACCUUGGACGCCGCAAGAGGAGCUGUCAAGCCCCGCAGGCUCUGAUUCGGCGCCCUCCGCGUUCCUCGGUUGCUCCCGGCUUCCCUGUGCCUCGGUGGAGUAUUUGCGUUCGGGGCUGGGGCUGGAGGAGGCAGCCACACGCGCGCACACGCACACGUUCAGAGGAGGGCGAGAGGCAGCGGCAUAGGCUCCAUCUGCAGUGUCAAUGCGGCGCUCCCGCUGAAGGAGGGAAACGCGGCGCGUCCAGUAGGGGAGACUGCGUUGCUGAGUCCUGGCCCUCCGAGGGGACGACCGUGCCUGAGUGCUGCUGUGCCACUGGGACCCGCCUCUGCCAUGAAAGCCAUGCCCUGGAACUGGACCUGCCUGCUCUCCCACCUCCUCAUGGUGGGCAUGGGCUCCUCCACUCUGCUCACCCGGCAGCCAGCCCCGCUGUCCCAGAAGCAGCGGUCAUUUGUCACAUUCCGAGGGGAGCCCACCGAGGGUUUCAAUCACCUGGUGGUGGAUGAGAGGACAGGACACAUUUACUUGGGGGCUGUCAAUCGGAUUUACAAGCUCUCCAGCGACCUGAAGGUCUUGGUGACGCAUGAGACAGGGCCGGAUGAGGACAACCCAAAGUGUUACCCACCCCGCAUCGUCCAGACCUGCAAUGAGCCCCUGACCACCACCAACAAUGUCAACAAGAUGCUCCUCAUAGACUACAAGGAGAACAGGCUGAUUGCCUGUGGGAGCCUGUACCAAGGCAUCUGCAAGCUGCUGAGGCUAGAGGACCUCUUCAAGCUGGGGGAGCCUUAUCAUAAGAAGGAGCACUAUCUGUCAGGCGUCAACGAGAGUGGCUCAGUCUUUGGAGUAAUCGUCUCCUACAGCAACCUGGAUGACAAGCUGUUCAUUGCCACGGCAGUGGAUGGGAAGCCUGAGUAUUUUCCCACCAUCUCUAGCCGGAAACUGACCAAGAACUCUGAGGCGGAUGGCAUGUUCGCAUACGUCUUCCAUGAUGAGUUUGUGGCCUCGAUGAUUAAGAUCCCUUCAGACACCUUCACCAUCAUCCCUGACUUUGACAUCUACUAUGUCUAUGGUUUUAGCAGUGGCAACUUUGUCUACUUUUUGACCCUCCAACCUGAGAUGGUGUCUCCACCAGGUUCCACCACCAAGGAGCAGGUAUAUACAUCCAAGCUCGUGAGGCUUUGCAAGGAGGACACAGCCUUCAACUCCUAUGUAGAGGUGCCCAUUGGCUGUGAGCGCAGUGGGGUGGAGUACCGCCUUCUGCAGGCCGCCUACCUGUCCAAAGCGGGGGCCAUGCUCGGCAGGACCCUUGGAGUCCAUCCGGAUGAUGACCUGCUCUUCACCGUCUUCUCCAAGGGCCAGAAGCGGAAAAUGAAAUCCCUGGAUGAGUCAGCCCUGUGCAUCUUCAUCUUGAAGCAGAUCAAUGAUCGCAUUAAGGAGCGGCUGCAGUCCUGUUACCGGGGCGAGGGCACUCUGGACCUGGCCUGGCUAAAGGUGAAGGACAUCCCCUGCAGCAGUGCGCUCUUAACCAUUGAUGAUAACUUCUGUGGCCUGGACAUGAAUGCCCCCCUGGGAGUGUCCGACAUGGUGCGUGGGAUUCCUGUCUUCACGGAGGACAGGGACCGCAUGACGUCUGUCAUCGCAUAUGUCUACAAGAAUCACUCUCUGGCCUUUGUGGGCACCAAAAGUGGCAAGCUGAAGAAGAUCCGGGUGGAUGGACCCAGGGGCAACGCUCUCCAGUAUGAGACGGUGCAGGUGGUGGAUCCUGGCCCAGUCCUCCGGGAUAUGGCCUUCUCCAAGGACCACGAGCAACUCUACAUCAUGUCAGAGAGGCAGCUCACCAGAGUCCCUGUGGAGUCCUGUGGUCAGUAUCGGAGCUGCGGCGAGUGCCUUGGCUCAGGCGACCCCCACUGUGGCUGGUGUGUGCUACACAACACUUGCACCCGGAAGGAGCGGUGUGAGCGGUCCAAGGAGCCCCGCAGGUUUGCCUCAGAGAUGAAGCAGUGUGUCCGGCUGACAGUCCAUCCCAACAAUAUCUCUGUCUCUCAGUACAACGUGCUGCUGGUCUUGGAGACUUACAAUGUCCCGGAGCUGUCAGCUGGCGUCAACUGCACCUUUGAGGACCUGUCAGAGAUGGAUGGGCUGGUGGUGGGCAAUCAGAUCCAGUGCUACUCCCCUGCAGCCAAGGAGGUGCCCCGGAUCAUCACAGAGAACGGGGACCACCAUGUCGUACAGCUGCAGCUCAAGUCAAAGGAGACUGGCAUGACCUUCGCCAGCACCAGCUUUGUCUUCUACAAUUGCAGCGUCCACAAUUCGUGCCUGUCCUGCGUGGAGAGUCCAUACCGCUGCCACUGGUGUAAAUACCGGCAUGUCUGCACCCAUGACCCCAAGACUUGCUCCUUCCAGGAAGGCCGAGUAAAGCUGCCUGAGGACUGCCCCCAGCUGCUGCGAGUGGACAAGAUCCUGGUGCCUGUGGAGGUGAUCAAGCCUAUCACGCUGAAGGCCAAGAACCUCCCCCAGCCCCAGUCUGGGCAGCGUGGCUACGAAUGCAUCCUCAACAUCCAGGGCAGCGAGCAGCGGGUGCCCGCCCUGCGCUUCAACAGCUCCAGCGUACAGUGCCAGAACACCUCUUAUUCUUAUGAAGGGAUGGAGAUCAACAACCUGCCCGUGGAGUUGACAGUCGUGUGGAAUGGGCAUUUCAACAUUGACAACCCAGCUCAGAAUAAAGUUCACCUCUACAAGUGUGGAGCCAUGCGCGAGAGCUGCGGGCUAUGCCUCAAGGCUGACCCAGACUUCGCAUGUGGCUGGUGCCAGAGUCCGGGCCAGUGUACCCUGCGCCAGCACUGCCCUGCCCAGGAGAGCCGGUGGCUGGAGCUGUCUGGUGCCAACAGCAAGUGCACGAACCCCCGCAUCACAGAGAUAAUCCCAGUGACAGGCCCCCGGGAAGGGGGCACCAAGGUCACUAUCCGAGGGGAGAACCUGGGCCUGGAAUUUCGCGACAUCGCCUCCCAUGUCAAGGUGGCUGGUGUGGAGUGCAGCCCUUUGGUGGAUGGUUACAUCCCUGCAGAACAGAUCGUGUGUGAGAUGGGGGAGGCCAAGCCCAGCCAGCACGCAGGCUUCGUGGAGAUCUGCGUGGCUGUGUGUCGGCCUGAAUUCAUGGCCCGGUCCUCGCAGCUCUAUUACUUCAUGACACUGACUCUCUCAGAUCUGAAGCCCAGCCGGGGGCCCAUGUCCGGGGGGACCCAAGUGACCAUCACAGGCACCAACCUGAAUGCCGGAAGCAACGUGGUGGUGAUGUUCGGGAAGCAGCCCUGUCUCUUCCACAGGCGAUCUCCAUCCUACAUUGUCUGCAACACCACAUCCUCCGAUGAGGUGCUAGAGAUGAAGGUGUCGGUGCAGGUGGACAGGGCCAAGAUCCACCAGGACCUGGUCUUUCAGUAUGUGGAAGACCCCACCAUCGUGCGGAUUGAACCAGAAUGGAGCAUCGUCAGUGGAAACACACCCAUCGCCGUAUGGGGGACCCACCUGGACCUCAUACAGAACCCCCAGAUCCGUGCCAAGCAUGGAGGGAAGGAGCACAUCAAUAUCUGUGAGGUUCUGAACGCUACUGAGAUGACCUGCCAGGCACCCGCCCUCGCUUUGGGUCCUGACCACCAGUCAGACCUGACCGAGAGGCCCGAGGAGUUUGGCUUCAUCCUGGACAACGUCCAGUCUCUGCUCAUCCUCAACAAGACCAACUUCACCUACUAUCCCAACCCAGUGUUUGAGGCCUUUGGUCCCUCAGGAAUCCUGGAGCUCAAGCCUGGCACGCCCAUCAUCCUAAAGGGCAAGAACCUGAUCCCGCCUGUGGCUGGGGGCAAUGUGAAGCUGAACUACACUGUGCUGGUUGGGGAGAAGCCAUGCACCGUGACCGUAUCAGAUGUCCAGCUGCUCUGCGAGUCCCCCAACCUCAUCGGCAGGCACAAAGUGAUGGCCCGUGUUGGUGGCAUGGAGUACUCCCCAGGGAUGGUGUACAUCGCCCCGGACAGCCCACUCAGCCUGCCCGCCAUCGUCAGCAUCGCGGUGGCUGGUGGCCUCCUCAUCAUCUUCAUCGUGGCCGUGCUCAUCGCCUAUAAACGCAAGUCCCGUGAAAGUGACCUCACACUGAAGCGGCUGCAGAUGCAGAUGGACAACCUGGAGUCCCGUGUGGCCCUGGAGUGCAAGGAAGCCUUUGCCGAGCUCCAGACGGACAUCCAUGAGCUGACCAGUGACCUGGAUGGAGCCGGGAUUCCCUUCCUGGACUACAGAACCUAUACCAUGAGGGUGCUGUUCCCAGGAAUUGAAGACCACCCUGUCCUCCGGGACCUCGAGGUCCCGGGCUACCGGCAGGAGCGUGUGGAGAAAGGCCUGAAGCUCUUCGCGCAGCUCAUCAACAACAAGGUGUUCCUGCUGUCCUUCAUCCGCACGCUCGAGUCCCAGCGUAGCUUCUCCAUGCGCGACCGUGGCAAUGUGGCCUCGCUCAUCAUGACCGUGCUGCAGAGCAAGCUGGAGUACGCCACUGAUGUGCUGAAGCAGCUGCUGGCCGACCUCAUAGACAAGAACCUGGAGAGCAAGAACCACCCCAAGCUGCUGCUCAGGAGGACUGAGUCAGUGGCUGAGAAGAUGCUGACCAAUUGGUUCACUUUCCUCCUCUACAAGUUCCUCAAGGAGUGUGCCGGGGAGCCCCUCUUCUCUCUGUUCUGUGCCAUCAAGCAGCAGAUGGAGAAGGGCCCCAUCGACGCCAUCACGGGUGAGGCCCGCUACUCCUUGAGCGAGGACAAGCUCAUCCGCCAGCAGAUUGACUACAAAACCCUGGUCCUGAGCUGUGUCAGCCCAGACAAUGCCAACAGCCCCGAGGUCCCAGUAAAGAUCCUCAACUGUGACACCAUCACUCAGGUCAAGGAGAAGAUUCUAGAUGCCAUCUUUAAGAAUGUGCCUUGCUCCCACCGGCCCAAAGCUGCAGAUAUGGAUCUGGAGUGGCGACAAGGAAGUGGGGCAAGGAUGAUCUUGCAGGAUGAAGACAUCACCACCAAGAUUGAGAAUGAUUGGAAACGACUGAACACGCUGGCCCACUACCAGGUGCCAGAUGGUUCCGUGGUGGCAUUAGUGUCCAAGCAGGUGACAGCCUAUAACGCAGUGAACAACUCCACCGUCUCCAGGACCUCAGCGAGUAAAUAUGAAAACAUGAUCCGGUACACGGGCAGCCCUGACAGCCUCCGCUCACGGACACCUAUGAUCACUCCUGACCUGGAGAGUGGAGUCAAGAUGUGGCAUCUAGUGAAGAACCAUGAGCAUGGAGACCAGAAAGAGGGGGACCGGGGGAGCAAGAUGGUGUCCGAAAUCUACCUGACCCGACUCCUGGCCACUAAGGGCACACUGCAGAAGUUUGUGGAUGACCUCUUUGAGACCAUCUUCAGCACGGCACACCGUGGCUCUGCCCUGCCCCUGGCCAUCAAGUACAUGUUUGACUUCCUGGAUGAGCAGGCUGAUAAGCAUGGCAUUCAUGACCCACACGUCCGCCAUACCUGGAAGAGCAAUUGCCUGCCCCUGCGGUUUUGGGUCAACAUGAUCAAGAACCCGCAGUUUGUGUUUGACAUCCAUAAAAACAGCAUCACAGACGCCUGCCUCUCUGUGGUGGCUCAGACCUUCAUGGACUCUUGCUCCACGUCAGAGCACCGGCUGGGCAAGGACUCACCCUCCAACAAGCUGCUGUAUGCCAAGGACAUCCCCAGCUACAAGAACUGGGUGGAGAGGUAUUACUCUGACAUAGGGAAGAUGCCAGCCAUCAGCGACCAAGACAUGAACGCAUACCUGGCUGAGCAGUCCCGGAUGCACAUGAAUGAGUUCAACACCAUGAGUGCACUCUCAGAGAUCUUCUCCUAUGUGGGCAAAUACAGCGAAGAGAUCCUUGGACCUCUGGACCACGACGACCAGUGUGGGAAGCAGAAACUGGCCUACAAACUAGAACAAGUCAUAACCCUCAUGAGCUUAGACAGCUGAGAACCGUCCUUCCAGGGCCGCCCUGGAGGGGGACACACCAAGCCGUGCCUCAGUCUAGAUUAUCAUCUUUACCAAGUGCAAGUUCCGACUGGCAUCAGCAGCAUCCCCUGAGCAGCGCUGUUUCUUUCUCGCUCUCUCUUUCUGCCUCUUUCUGUUUCUCCCUCCUUCCUGGAUCUCUUCUCUUCCAGUUGCUCUGCCAACACAAUUGGACCAAGCCACUGACCCUCAGUAAGUCCAAGAAUGGCCAGGCCCAUGGCAAGGGAACUGACCAGAAGAUGUCAGAGGGGCCUCUCUCCCCCAGCUGCUCCUGACCCUGUGCAUGUCAGCAGCAGGAUGAGGAGCCAAGGACAGCGGACGUAUCUGUGCUGCUACUUCGCCUUCCACUUUGGCAGCCGCCGCUUCGAUCUGAGCCUUGGCCUAGAGAAGAGGCAAGGAAGUAGUUCAGUGUUAUCUUCACUGGGAAGACAUCGCCUGGCUCUCCGUUCCCACAGUUCCAUCUCCAGUGGUUCAGCCAGUGGUCUGAUCGCUUUGCAGCUGUGAGGAGAAAAGCCACACCUCCUGCAUGUAGCUGGAGCAGGACAUGUGUGAGCAGCUGGGAGGUGCUCCUUGAGGCUCCCUCUCCCCCGCUGGGAUGGCGUCCAGAGGCUUCCUGUCCUCUUCCAGGUCUCUAGAGGGACCUGCCUGCCCCGCCUGCUCCCCCGCCAGUAGAAAGCCAGGCAGGAGAAAGAAUAGCAGUUACAUUCCACCAUGGAGAUGCUCCUAACCUUUUCAUCUGAAUCCUAGCAGCAGAAAUGUAACACAGUGGGGGAGAAAAGGAGAGUUGCAUCUACCCUGGAAGCAGAAUUUGUUGUUUUCCAUUUACCCCCAAAUUCAAAUGUGUCACGAUCAUAAUCAUAGGUCUAGUCCAUUACCAGAGCCCUGAGUGCUGUCAAGAGAAAGCAUCUAUCUCCACCCUCCUUUGUCACCCUUCAUCAAGGGUCAACGUGAAAUGCAGAGUGCAUCUAGGAGAUUCUACCUCCAGCCAUCUCCAUGGCUCCAUCCCCACCAUCCUUCCUGAGAACUCCAUAGACGGCUGGGGCUAACAGCCUAGUCCCUGUUCCCUCUGCAGAAUCUGGUGCCAUUGCUAUGCAGAUGACUUUGUCACUGGGCUGUCCAGACCUCUUUGGGAAUGAUUUCAUCAACAUCUCAGCUGUCUCUUUCAUCAUUCUCCUUCCUCAUCUCUUCAGCAGUCAUCCUUGAAAGAAACAGACUUAAGCACAGCCUCACAGAGACCACCCAAAAUGCCAGCCAACCUCAGCCUCCAGCUUGUCAGGUCUGGGAGGGACAAAGAAUUGAGCUGAUGGGCCUGGCUGGAAUUGAGAAGAGGGACAUACAAAUGACCUCGGCCUUGGCAUCCAUCUCCCCAUCUGUUCUUACAUCUACAGAUGCACGAUUUUAGCCAGGUGGGCAAAUGUGUGCCUAGAAAUGGAUACUAGGUAAGCUAGAGGAUAUGGGGAGAAAUGGUCUAAUGGAGGGUUUUAGGAACCGUUCAUCCUAAGGAGACCUUAGGUGCUGUCUGGUCCGGUCUCCCACCCUAAGCAGGAGUCUCUGUUGGCACCUCUGCUCUGGAGUUGUUCACCACUAUGGGAGACAAGGAGAAACAUCAUCUUAGGUGAGGUUAAGGAGAAGGAUUCACAGUCUUGCCUUCACUCCCCAAACAUCAGACAUCAUUCCUUGUCACCCUCUCAGAAUGAGCCCCACUUGGGGAAGAAACCACACCAUCUCCAGCAAAGUCCAUGGAGCAUCCAGUACUUUUACGAACACUUGCCCCUUUGGAUAUGAAUAUGUGCACAUGUGUGUGAGCGCAUGUGCAUGCGUGUGUGUGUCUGCCCCAGGUGUAGGCAGAAAGCGCAAAAGGAUUCCUUGUCCUUUGUAGGAGGAUUUUCGGUGUUCCCCUUCUCUUUCCCCUUGCUCAUCCAUUCAUCCUGCAGCUUCAGGACAUUUCAACCCUUGCUUUCUAUGCUGAGAACUGGCGGGUGGAAGGAGAGGUCACUUGUCCAUAGGAAAUCAGGGUGGUCACCUGCCGAGGCCUGGACCUUGGCACAGGGCAUCAUGUGACAUCGCAAAGGACAGAUGGUGGAAAAGACACGAGCAACCUAACGGGAAGAGGAAAAUGGGAAACAAUGCAUUGGAAGAGGAAGAAAAAAUAACCAAAGGUUUUGGCAAGUGCAGUACCAGGUGGAGAAGCUUGGAUUUUUCUAUCCUUGAUCAUUUUAUUCCCUCCCAAGAAGUUACGGGACCUGGAAGGCCAGAAAGGGUGCAUGUGGAAGACGGUCUGAGGAAGUACCUCGGUCACUAAAAUAUUUUUGCACAUAUGAAGGGUUGGGGAGGAAAGAGACACGAACAUAUUUAACACAGAUUUGCUGGAUGGAAGCUGCGUGUGUGAACGUGUGUAUGAGUGAGUGUGUUUUGAUUUUUUUUUUUUGCACAGUUGAGAAAAAAAUUGAACAAGCAGAAAAAAAAAAGACACUCAUAACAGUUCUGCUGAAGCUUUUAUUUUUUACCGGAUGAUUAUUGUUAUUGUUACUUUCACGGUACAGGACUUUAUUUUUUUCCAUGUUUUUGUUAUAAGAAAACCUUCAAACACCUCAGAAAUAGAAAGGUUAGGAAGAAAGAGGAGACAAGGACAGACAAGUUUUCUGGCUGUCCCCAUUUCUCCUGGGGAGGGGUUUGGGGCCGGUUUGACUUUAAUUGGUGGGUGGGUUGUUUCUGUGGCUCUGUUUGCUGCAGUCCCCAUGGCCUGCUUGGGGACUGAGAAAUCCGAGCCAGGUAUCCAGAGCCACAGCCCAUCUUGCUUAUAAAAAUGUUAUGUUUUCUUUUGCUGUUUGUUUUCCAUUUCUUCCAUUUGGAUUCUUGUGCACAUGUGAUAUGUUUAAAAGCAGACAGGCAACAUUGUCAAAAAGCUGUCCUUGCCCUCCCCCACCCCAACCUAUUUUCCAAACUCCCCCAGGGAUCUUCCUCCCCCGCAUGGCAGAGCAAAUAUCCAGGGGCUGCCCAGGUGGCUUGCAGGCUCCCAGAGAAAGGAAUUGGGCCAACUUGGUCCUGUGGAAUGGAGGCCCCCUCACGGCCUCCCUCUAGGCAGUUAAUUUGUUGAGUCUUGGGCAGAGAGAAGGCGAGAAAAGGCCAUCUCCCUCACCUUUCCCUCCACCUCACCCCCUGUACCCUUCCAGGGAAAAAGGUACCAGACUGAGUCAUCAAAAUCACUGACAAAGUUUAGGUGGGGAUUUUGCAUGUUGGAGAGAGAAGGGCUUAAGGUAGCAGGGAAGGAGGGGGCUUUGUGGGGUCCUAAAUUUUAGGGAACAAGUAGAGGAAGACAGAGCUGUAGGCUGGUCAUUUCUCCUGGGCACGAGUCCCCCAGAUGUAGCUUUUGCCCAUUCUUUGUCCUUCCCCAUAAGGAGAGAGCCUGACAGUUCUUGGUAGCUGCAAAUAAUAGUGCCACUAAGUGAAGGCGGCCAUCGUGCCAGUUACUUCCUCAGGAAAAUAUUUUCUUGCCUUCUUUCAAUAUGGUUUUAAAUUUGGGGACAGAGGAUAACCCAAGUGUCCCACAGGCCAAGGUACGUUCCAAUGGCAGCAUGACCCCCGCACCCAAAGUCAGCCCCUAGAGCCGCCCCCUUGUGCACCCACAGCCUGGUAAGUGAGCUUGGGUGCUUGCAAGGAGCUAUGGGUGAAAGAGAAGUCAUUUUAAAUAAAUCCGAAAGUUUGAGGCAGACUGUCCAGGACUGUUCCCAAGGCCGGGCGCGGUGGCUCAAGCCUGUAAUCCCAGCACUUUGGGAGGCCGAGACCGGUGGAUCACGAGGUCAGGAGAUCGAGACCAUCCUGGCUAACACGGUGAAACCCCGUCUCUACUAAGAAAUACAAAAAACUAGCCGGGUGAGGUGGCAGGCGCCUGUAGUCCCAGCUACUCGGGAGGCUGAGGCCGGAGAAUGGCGUGAACCCGGGAGGCGGAGCUUGCAGUGAGCUGAGAUCCGGCCACUGCACUCCAGCCUGGGCUACAGAGCGAGACUCCGUCUCAAAAAAAAAAAAAAAAAAAAAGAAGCAGGAGUUACCCACAGGAAAGGUCUCUGACCUGGUCCCCUCAGGCCCAGCUACCUGCGCCCACCAGGAGUGAAGGUUAAUGUACUGGCCCAGCAUCUCCUCCUCCCCCACGCAACCAGGUCCCUGGUACCCGUGUCUCCCGUUGCAUGUCUGGCUUCUGCCUGUGCUCCUCCUGCCACGAGCAUCCUCUCUGUCCCUCCCCAUUCCACCCUGUCUCUCCUACACGCAUAGCCUCUGUCCCAGGGCCAUUUAUCCACUUAGUACAGGAGCUGCUCAGACCUCUCAGCCCAGCCAUCUGUGACUGCCCCAGCCCCUUCCCACCCCACCCAAAGCUGCCUUCCUGGCUGUGGGGGCUCCCUCAUCUGGUCAAGGCCCUAUGGGUCCCCAUCUGAGGAUCCACAAGUAAUGACUUCCCAAAUGACCUCCACUGCAAGAGGCAUCCUCACCACUGUUUCCAGAGCCGUGAACGAUGCUGUGAUGAGCCCAGGUCUCAGCACCACCCUCUGUGACCUAAAAAGAAAAGCUCAAUUUCCAUCUGUCAUCUUUCCCAGGACCAAGGGGACACAGUAAUGUGAAGUCAAAUACUUAACCGAGCGUAGGGCCAGUAUUAUCAAUCAAGGACAAACCUCCCACCUCACAGACAGCUGAGCAGUGAGGUAAAGACAGACACAGGUAGGAAGGUGCUCUGCAGGCACAAGGCCCAGAGGUGCUCCUCUCCGGGAACUUCCCCUGCUCCUUCCAGGAACAGUGAACCCAGUGAGCAGCCCCAGCCAACUCUUCAAGGCCAUCAAGGGGUCUUUCCGUAAAUGACUCACCUCCAGGAGCUCAGCUGACCCCCAGAGAAGACCCACCCCAGGCAGCUCAGUGCCCUGGCUUCUCCCCACGCCCCAAAUUCCCCUAGCCAUCCCUCCUGGUCCUCGUCUACAUCAAGGGCCUCUUCCCCUCUUCCUGCCAGCUCUCAGGACAGGUGACUGGGAGGACUUGACCCCUCAGCCUCUUCCGUUAAAAAACAAAACUGUGGGCCAUUUAUUUAGGAUUUUGGAGUUGUUUGGUUUUUGUUUGUAUAUUUUAAGAGUUUGAGAGUAAGAAGGGAGCCCUGCUAUGGAUGUUAAGUCCAAAUUACUUGGUUAGUGGGAGCAAAACCCAUGACUUACAAGGGGAUGAGGAGAACCUCAGAGGACAGGAAGAGCCUCCCACACUAAAGGAAAAAAAAAAUGGGUCAGGACAUUCCCUGGAUGAGGACAAUGCUAGGGGUGGCAUCUCGCAUGGCUGCUGCUAUUCCUGGUGCUUCCCCACACAUUUGACAGAUGGAGUCUUUCUCCUCCCUCCUCCCGCCACCUCACCCUACAGGCAUUCUCUGUAUAGGAAACAAGAGCCUUGUUUUAUAGAACGGGGGACUGAGACACAGCCCCAGGUAACACUGACACAGCUCUCGAGAGAGGCUGGGACACUCUGCAAACCUCUCCUCAUGGUGCUGAGGGUGGCAUGCUCUCGACAGGAAACCUAAAUGACCACUCCUCUCAUUUGGAAGGUAAUCCACUGUAGUAAAAGUUUCAGACAUGCAAGAGAGAGGUUUUUUAAUACUAUAAAUUUUUGCUCCCCCAUAAAAUUAUUUUUUUAUUAGAGGGAGUAUCCAAGUUGUAAAAAUACAUAGAAUUUUUGGGUUGUAAAAGAAAGACAUACUCAUUAGGAUCCCAAUUAAAUUCCUUGAGUAGACUGGUGACUACCAGAAAGCAAAGCAAAGCAAAGUUAAACAAAACGAAACAAAAUCCUUCAUAUACAAAAAGAACUUUCUGUUUGUAUUGGCAGAGGUAGUGAGGUAGGCUGAAAAUCCUGGGUUGGGGGAACCUCACCCCCUUUGAUGUCUAUGCUUGGCUCUCUGGGCUGCCCCUGGUACUGCUGAAUCCUAUACAUCUCUUAUUAGCUUUCCUCAGACUUUAGGGAGGCUCUGUUAGGGAUGGGUCAUGGGAAGACCCAAGUUUUCCCUCUGCCAGGAUUGCAAAAGUAAGUAGACUUGGUCUAUGCAGCUCAUCUUCCACCAAUUUCUUUAUGUGGAAUUAGAACUUCCUUUGUUAGUAUCUUUGAUCUUUUGACUCAAGCACAUUUUGGAAGGGCUCCCUUACAAGAGUAGAAUUUAAAACAGAGGAUACAGUUAAAGAGCAACCCAAAGGGCACUUAAGAAACUGAGACCACUUCACCAAACAGGACUAAGGAAUGCUUUCAUGCACAGAGGUCAGUCGCAAUCCAGGCACAGGAUGAAGAUGGGAUACACCUGCUCAUCUUCUCGCCUCCUUCCCUCUCCCUCCCCAACGUUCUCGUUAGCUUGUUGGCUUGCUAGACCUUCUGUUCUUUAAAAUGAAAAGCUAGCUUACCUCAAAUAAUCUUGUUUCCAUUUGGAAACCAAUGAUUUUGUGUUUUAGAACGGACGGCCCUCCCCUCACCACUCCCUACCUUGGCCUGGUGUCCUUGAGACAUGCCGUCUUUGCUUAGUCGUGUGUUGGCUGCUUUGAGCAGGAACAAGGCCCCCAGGCCCCGAGGUGGGAAGGAAGGAUUGGAUGCUGCUGCCCUCCUCACCACUUUAGCAUGUAGGGGCCAGUCCACCUCUUCCAGCAGGGUCCUGCCGAGUUACCGUAGCAACUAGCAACUCCAGGGUACCGCAACAGACAAUGGCUCAGUGAGCCGACAUGUGGGGGUGAUGCAGGGGUUUUAGCCUGGCCAGAUGACCCAGAGUUGAGCUUCAAAUGCUAGAGGAGAAGGGAAGAAACAGGAUGGAUGGGUGAUUUAAGGAACCGGCAGGAGUCUGAGUCACAUAGAGAAGCCGCUGAAGGAGUUAGAGCAGGUUAUCUCUGUUCCAGUCACCCCCUUCCAGUCCCAUCCCACUUCUGUUUCAAACUAAAGCUCCCACCUCGAACGCUGGCCCUUUGUUAGAACAAAGCAAAACAUAUCUUUAGACAACAGUGUUAAAAUGAGCCUCAAAUAUAUGUGGAUGAGAUCUCUAAGAAGAGGGUCUUCUGGUUUUGAUUUUUAAAGAAGAGUAUCCUAGUAAGAUAUUAAAAAAAAAGAUUUAAAAAAGUUUUUAAAAAGGAAACCUAUGCUAUUUAAAUUGGAGCCCAGUUGUAACUUGGUAAAGGCAAGCUUCUGUACCUUUGUUAUAAUUAAUUGUAUACCUGUGUAUGUAAAUAUAAGGCAUUCCUAUUUUGCAGUUCAGAACAAAAAAAAACUUAUUUGUAAUAUAGAAUAAAGUUUAUUAAAAAAUAAUAAAAAUGCAGUUUGGGA